CUCUCUCCCAUUAAUUGUUGCAGCAUGCUCAGGUACUCCCCCAAAAAAUGCUUGGACAUGGUCAUAGAAUUUCUACAAGUGGUCCUUAUUUCAAAUAUGAAAAGGGACAAAGUAGGUGUCUAGAGAAAAACCAUUCGUACAUGCAAAUGAUUGACUUGAAGAUAAGACGCCAUCAGCAUAAACUAGUCCUUUGUCAAACACACAGACACACACUAACCAUGGGAAGCACAAGUAUGGAAACCAACAAGUUAGAGAUGUAUGAAUUUGGCCCUUGUGAAGAUGCUUUCCAAAUUGGCUUCUUGAUUGGCCAAAGAUUCUCCAAACAGAUACGCAGUAGAUUAUCUAAUGACCUUAUUCUUCAGAACCAGCUCCUCCCUUUUGCUCAGUUCUCAAAUUCCCAGCCAUUCAUUCAUGCUUUGUCUGAAACUAAUCAGAGCAAGUUUCCACAUUACUGGAAUGAACUCAAAGGAAUUGCUGAAGGAAGUGGCGUCCCCUUUCUCAAUAUUUUGCUAUUGAACUUUAGGAAAGAGAUAUUGCCAUUCAUUCCAAAGACAGAAAGAAAUCCCAAGGAAGAUGAAAUUAGUGCUGACUGUUCAUCUAUUCUUGUUGUUAACAACUCCAUGGCUGUGGCUGCUCAUAAUGAGGAUGCAAAUGUUGCUCUUGUUGGACACACUUAUUUGGUUAAGGUGACAUUGUCUAGUGGAACAUCAUUCACUGCUUACACAUAUGCUGGAGAACUUCCAAGUUGUGCCUUUGGAUUUAAUAGUCAUGGAGUGGCAUUUACUUUAAACUCAGUACCACCAUGUGAGGAGGAGAUAGUAGCUGGUGCCAUUGGCAGAAACUUCGUGUCCAGAGACCUGCUUGAAGCAAAUAGCAUUGAGGAUGCUCUGGCUAGGAUCUAUUCGUCAGCAGCUUCAGUAGGGCACAGCUAUAACUUGAUAGACACAAGAGCUCGGAGGAUUUUGAACGUUGAAACUGCUUCAAGAAAUCGAAUUUCAGUUCAUGAAAUCGGAGAAACUCCAUUCUUCCAUGCCAACAUGUAUUUGCACCUUCAAGUAAAACAGGCACAAGAUGAGAACUCCUUGAGCAGGCAAACAAGAGCAUCUUCUCUGCCGAAGGAAUCAAAAAAUGAUUUGUUAGCACUUCUUGGGGACAGGAAUGCUGAGAAGUAUCCCAUUUACAUGACAGGUCCAUUGCUAUACACACUGUGCACAGCUGUGAUAGAUUUGGAUGAGAAAACCUUAACAAUUAUACAAGGGAACCCAAAGGAGAAACAACAAUCUUAUGUCUUUCGGUUGUCCUAAAAGCAAGCUAUGACGGAGACUUGAGGGAGAAAUUUUGGUACCAUAUAAAGUAUUCUUCAGAUUUUGCAUCCAAAACCGAAGAAGAUUUGCUCAAUAUAACCUUCGUUUAGAUGGGAACUUGUGAUUUUUAAGCGUCUGCUUUUCAGAGUAAGUGAAUAUAAGAAGAGCAACAAAGCAGACCAAUCGUUACCAGCAUCCCCAUGAAUAAAAAGGUACAUAAACAUCCACCAGUCGAAAGGAAGGCCUAAUCUAAAAUAGCAACAUACAUGAUCUUCUGUUUUCAGGUGGAAAGUAUGCGAUUUUUAAAAUAUAUAUAUAUAUAUGGAAUAUAUGCGAUUUCAGUUCAUAAUCUUUUAUGGCCCAAUCUAACUCAUCGCAAAGGACUUCCAGAAGCUGUUGAGACUGUUUGUUUUUUCUCUAAUGCUUUUACAAGUGACUUAGCUAGCUUGUUGGAUGUGUGUUAACGUUGUUAUUCAAGACUCCAGAUUAUAUUCAAUACUUUUAGUAGUUCCGUAGAUGUUUUGAUA